GUGUGAAUAAGGUAAAAGUGUCAACAAGUAAAACAGGCGGCGCAAGACUUUCGCCUCCUCUCUGCUGCCGUGCUGCUCGACCUCUGAACCGGAAUGAAAACAGUCGCCGGAGCGGCUCUGGUGUCUCUCCCCUGUCCGGGCAGCAGGAAGCAGGACGAUGCCGCCGCUGCAGCUGCUGAGGCUGUCGGUCCAUGAGCGGAUCAGCGCCGCGGCUGCAGACUUUCUGUUGCUGCUGGAAAAGGGAGGAGAAGCGGCUGGAGGCCCGCGGCUCAGAGCGCUGCUCACCGAGCGGCUGACGGCGGCCGCCGAGGACAUUUUCAGGCUGUUGGAGAAAACCGUGGAGGAGUGCGAACAGAGAGCUGAGCGUUCAGAGCGAGAGAGGAGGCUGCUGCACAUCCUGCUGCAGCCGGAAGUCAAGCUGCACAGAGCAGUGAUGUGUAAAGAAGAGGUUCCCCCUGAGAGGCAGCAGCAAACCCCCAGUCUCGACCAGCAGGAGCCAGAGCCCCCCUACAUUAAAGAGGAACAGGAGGAGCUCUGGACCAAUCAGGAGGCAGAGCAGCUUCAGUUCCCAGUCACUGCCGUUCCUGUGAAGAGUGAGGAAGAUGAAGAUGAAGAUGAAGAUGAAGAUGAAGCUCAGCUCUCACAGCCUCAUCGAGAACAUGGAGAGAUGAAAACAGAAGCUGCAGCAGAGGAACCAGCCGCUGAUUUGCAGCUCCCGUCGUCUCGCUCCUCUGAGGCCGAGACUGAGGACAGCGAGGACUGGGAGGACACCGCAGAGCCUGGGCCUGGUUCAAACUCACAGAACAAACUCGUGUUCUGUCAAAACAGAUCUGAUGUUGUGGAGAGACCGUCUUCCUACACCGCCAGAAAUGACAAAGGAGAGAAAAUAUGGAUUUGUUCUUUUUGCGGCAAAAGCUCGAAAUAUCAAACGACCCACAAAAGACACAUCAUGAUGCACAAGGAGGAGAAGCCGUUUAGCUGCUCCGUCUGUGCCAAGUCAUUUGUCUGCAAAGGAAACCUGCAGAAACACAUGAGAACCCACACAGGAGAGAGACCGUUCAGCUGCUCCGUCUGCGGCAAAGAUUUUACACUGAAACGAAACUUGGAGAGACACACGAUGAUCCACACCGGAGAGAAACCGUUCAGCUGCUCCGUCUGCGGCAAGCGGUUCAUCGAUAAGCCCGACUUCAGCCGCCACAUGAGGACCCACACCGGAGAGCGGCCCUUCAGCUGCUCCGUCUGCGGGAACAUGUUCAAACACAGCUGCGACCUGAACAAGCACAUGACCGUCCACACCGGAGACAAACCGUUUAGCUGCUCAGUGUGUUGCAAACGUUUUUCUUGUAAGAGUAACGUUAAAAAGCACAUGAGGAUCCACACAGGAGAGAAAGCAUGAGGCCGCUCAGUUUGCAGCAAAAGUUGCCUGAAGGACAGAAGGACCAGCAGUGGUCUUUUCAGCUGUAAUAGAUUGAAACGCAUCUGAACGCAGCCUCAUUACAACACAACAGAUCUGACCCAGCAUCAGUGGUCUUACGUUUAAUCAAAUACAUCCUACAAUUGUAAAUAUACUUGACUUUUUUUCAUUCUAACUAGAAAUCAUAGUUGGCCUUAAAUAUUAGUUAUCAAUAUCCUGGUUUACUAAUUAUUGGUAUGGAUACCGGUCGAUCUGUAGUAUGUACAUGUGUGAGAGAAUGAAAGAAUCAUGUGUAUAAAGACAAAUUAAUGUGUGGAUGCUUUAAGUUUCCUUUUUUUUUUUUUUUUUACUAUAAAC